AUGCGCCUCUCGCCGCUGCUGGCCUGCGCGGCCCUGGCGUCCGCCGCGGACGAGAUCGACCACACGCAGUCCUGCGUGUCCAUCAACGGCAUCGUCAAGUGCGGCGAGGAGGGCGGCACGGAGUGGAUCGUCCAGUUCGGCUCGACGCGCAACGACGAGGUCAAGGGCCUCGCCAUCGACGCGUCGACGGAGCGCGUUUACGUCGUCGGCCACACCUUCGGCGCGCUCGGCGGCGAGCACCGGGGCUACGGCGACAUCUGGAUGGCGGGCAUCGCGCACAACGGGCAGCACGAGUGGAGCACGCAGAUCGGCACGGACCGCGAGGACCACAUCGCCGGCCUCGCGGCCGGCGACGGCCACGUCGUCGGCGGCGGCCACACCUACGGCCACUGGGGCGAGGAGGGCUCGAGCGGCCAGAUGGACGGCUGGCGCGGCCGCUGGGACGACAUGGGCCGCGGCCAGUGGGGGCUCCACCACGACGACGGCGGCGAGGGCGUGCUCCAGGCCGGCGGCGAGAAGAAGGACUCCAUCCUCGGCAUCGCCGGCGACGCCUGGCUCACGAAGUUCUACGCGGGCGGCAUGCAGGGCAGGACAAGAGAGCGAAAUUCCCAACUUCAAAGGCUCCUUUCUCGGCCGUUUUCCACUCGCGGCAUGACGUACGGCCACGUCGACGACCACCACGACGGCAACGACUGGGACGACCACCAGCACCGCCACUUCGGCAUGGGCGACGCGUGGCUCGGCGCGUUCCGCGGCGACGACGGCUCCCACCUCUGGACGAUCCAGGUCGGCUCGGAGAAGAGCGACAACGUCACGUCCGUCGCCGCGACGGCCUCCGGCAGCGCCGUCUUCGCCUGUGGCAACACCUACGGCGAGGUCGCGGACGGCUCGUUCAUCGGCAAGGGCGACGUCUGGGUCCUCAAGGCCGACGGCAAGACGGGCAAGAUCGCCUGGACGGUCCAGAUCGGCUCGGACAAGAACGACGACUCCAUGAGCCUCGUGUCGACGCCCUCGGGCGACGCCGUCUACGUCGUCGGCCACACGUUCGGCGGCUACGUCGCCGACGGCUACGACCACACGCCCCAGGACGACGGCACCAAGCCCGGCGGCCGCGACGGCUUCGUCGCCAAGCUCGACGGCCGCAACGGCCGCCUCAUGUGGGGCCGCGUCAUCGGCACGGACCGCGUCGACUUCCUCAACGACGUCGCGGUGUCGCCCGACGGCGAGGCGCGGGGCGGGAAACUGGCGAUUCGACGCGAGACGAUCUACGUCGGCGGCCAGACGUACGGCGACUUCGACAAGCCCAUCGCCGGCAAGAGCGACGCCUGGAUCGCCAAGCUCGACGCCUUCGACGGCGCCACGGCUUGGACGGCCCAGUUCGGCGAGCUCGGCCGCGACUCCGUCCAGGCGGUCAUGGUCGCGCCCGACGGCGACGUCGUCGCCGCGGGCCACAGCGACUCGAACUUCGGCGGCUGCUCCUCCGGCCUCAUGGACGCCUGGGUCGCCCGCGUCAACCCGGAGCACGCCCACUCCUUCUUCUCCGAGCUCGACCACGAGCACGCGGCCGGCCACGCGUGCCCGCACAAGAAGGAGAACGGCCGGCGGCUCGUGCAGUCCAUGGAGGCGAGCUUCGCAAAGCUGCAAGCGUCGCAAGAGCGGCGCGCGGCGCUGAAGCGCUGCGACACGUCCUACGGCAAGGCGAGCCCGCCGAAGCAUCAGAGCCACGCCACGCCCGUGCACAUCCCGCUCAACGACGCGCCGAGCUACACGGCGCCGACGGCCGCCGACCGGAUCUGCGCGUCCGCGCCGCCGCGGUACCGGAGUCUGGGCGGCAGCGGCGACGAGGACUUCAUGUUCAAGUCGAGCGCCGUGCUGUCGCCGGCCAUGGUCGCCUUCGCGACGCCGAAGCCGACGACGCGCGGCCUCGAGGCGCCCGCGGACUUCCGACGGACGACCGGGGGGCUCCCGGGCUUCCGGGGCGUGCCGGGCUUCAUAUCGGCCUUCGGCGGCCGCAAGGACGGGCUCCCGGGCUUCGACGGCAUGCCGUCCUUCGGCGGCGGCCGCAAGCGGAGCCUGAGCAACGCCGCGGACGAGGCCAAGGCGCAGCGGCAGAAGCAGGCCGUGGCCUCCUUCGCGGACACCGGCGCGUUCUCGGACGAGGACGAGGACGACGCGGGCGCGCCGUCCGGGACGUCGUCGUCGGAGACCUCCUCGGGCAUGUCCUGCGCGAAGCCGCCGCCGCCGCCGCCGGGCAUGCCGCCGAAGCCGCCGGGCAUGCCGCCCAUGCCGCCGGGCAUGCCGCCCAUGCCGCCGGGCAUGCCGCCGCCCAUGCCCAUGCCCUGCGCGGCGCCCAUCAUCUUCUGGAGCACGGGCCCGAUCUCCGGGUCCUGCAUGUACUGCAUCAUCUUCGCCGGGUUCGGCGCGCCGCCCGCCAUCAUGUCCUGGAGCGCCGCCAUGACCUUGGGGUUCUGCAUCGCCGCGGCGACGUCCGGGUCGUUCAUCAUGCCCGCGGCGCCGGGGGGCAUGCCGCCCAUGCCUAAGAAAGGGGCGCGAUCGGCCUUCCUCGCCGCGCGCGAGGCCGGGACGCUCGGCGAGGACGACGAGCGCUGGUACGAGGUCGACGCCGACGUCGUCUGGCUCGUCGACGCCCCGCGCGCGGACGCGCGCAUGGUGGACCAUCGCCUGCGCGGCGAGCGGCUGCGCGGCGCGCUGCGGGGCGCCUACGUCCGCACGCUCGGCGCCUUCGCGGACGCGGCGCGCCUGAGGCGCUGCGGCGGGGCCUUCGCGGCGCCCAUGGACGAGCUCGAGCUCGCGGAAGAGCUCCGGAACCGGCUCGCCGACGAGCUCGGCGCGCGCGAGGUCGCGCCCUUCGCGGCGGACGCCCCCGUCGACGCGACGGCCGCGGGCCGGGACCGCGGCAUGGGCGAGGUCGACCGGAGCUACUGCAAGUGCGGCCUCGGCGCCGGGUUCCGGCGGCGGCGCGCGGCGGCGGCGCCGCCGCGCGUCGCGCGCCGCGGCGCCGACUUCCGGCGGACCUACGUCGCGGCGAACGAGCCCGUCGUGCUCCGGGGCGCCGCCGCGGCCUGGAAGCCCUGCGUGUCCUGGACGCCGGCCUACCUCCGGGCGAGGUGCGGCGCGCGGCCCGUGCGGUGCCGCCGCGACCCCGCGGGCCGCGUCUUCGGCCGCGUGGGCCGCGUGGCCCUCUACGACCACGCCGUCGUCCCCUUUGGCGACCUCCUCGACGACGCCCGCCGCGAGACGCCGGCGCUCUACGGCGCGCGCGUGGAGCUCGACAAGGAGCUGCCGGAGCCAGGGCAGCACAAGAGCCGGAGCUCGUUGGAGACGCGCGCGAGCCGCCCGCGGGCCUCGGCGCGGCCUUCGGGGAGCCCAAGGCCGUGA